UGGGGUACUGUUGGGGGAGGAUGUUAGUGAGUGUGGUGGUUUUGGCCGUGAUUGCAACAGGUCCGGCGCCGGCGAGCGGGGUGGUUCAAUGCCUGCAGUCCGUGGUGAAGAUGGACCUGUGCUUGUCGUUCUUGGUCGGCAACACCGAGACGCCGAGCGAGGAGUGCUGCUCCGCGACGCAGGAUCUAGACAAGGUGGCCGCCGGUUCCUCCAAGGACAAGAAGGCCUUGUGCGAGUGCCUCUACCAAUCUUUCCAUCCCCUUCCCCUCAACUACGAGUACGCUAAGAAGCUUCCCAGUCUCUGUAACCUCUCCGUCAACUUCCCUCCUUUUACCCCUCACGAUGAAUGCAACAAGACUUUGAUUGUUGGAUGAAAUCUGAGGGAGAUGCUUGGAUCAGACAUUAAUGGCGGCUUAUUGCAUUGGGAAUGUCUGCAAGAAAAGUUCAAUAUUAU